ACAGGUAAUAGAUUUUGGCUAAAAGCGCAUCAUCAUCAUCAUGAAAAGUGGGAACGCUUAGAUGGACUUGAAAGUCAUUAACUUCAGUUUAUGUGGAACUGAACUCUGACUUCUGUUUGUCAUCCUCAACCAAAACUCCUGGACACGGAGUUAAACAGAAGGCGCGUGAGCUUCUCACGACCACAUGUCAUCGGGUUAUGUCAGGGAGAUGCAGGGGUCCAAGGACCCCCGUGAGCGCGCCCAUGAUCAUAAAGUGAAUAAAUGUCGCGCGCGCACUCCGGUGAGGCACUGCGAGCUCCUCAGGGCUCGUGAGAACCGGUUCCGUCCGCAGCGGAGCUCGCGGGUUCUGCCUCGCGCUCCUCCAGGGAGGCUCGAGGGGGUCGAGUUACAGCGGGGGAGGGGUCGAGAGACAUAAAGACGGAGGGAGAGAGAGAGGGAGGGGGCUCGCAUGCCUGUGUGAGCUAGAGAGAGUGGUGGAGAGAGGCAGAGGUGCAGCGGCAGAAGCUAGAGCUAGCUAGCCAUGUUGCUGCUCGCGCCGCCGCGUGAGCGCUGACCCGCCGCCCUGGACUCGCUGUCCGCCCUCACGUGCAUCAUGCCCGGCUGGAAGAAGAACAUCCCGGCCUGUCUGCAACCGGACCCGGAGGGAGAUGAGGGGCCGUACACCAAACACUCCGGCGGGUCUCGACCUCCAGAUGGAGCUCUGGCCAUCAGGAGGCAGAGCAUUCCAGACGAGUUUCGGGGCUGCACACUGGUGGAGCUGAUGAAGAAGGAGGGCACCACGCUGGGGCUGACGGUGUCGGGCGGCAUCGACAAAGACGGGAAACCUCGGGUCUCAAACCUGCGCCAGGGAGGCAUCGCUGCCAGGAGCGACCAGCUGAACGUGGGCGACUACAUCCGCUCGGUCAACGGCAUCAACCUGGCCAAGUUCAGGCACGACGAGAUCAUCAGCCUGCUGAAGAACGUCGGCGAGCGAGUGGUGCUGGAGGUGGAGUACGAGCUGCCGCCCGUAUCUGUGCAGGGGUCAGGAGUUGUCUUCAAGACCGUGGAGGUCACGCUGCACAAAGAGGGAAACAGCUUCGGCUUCGUCAUCAGAGGAGGAGCCAGCGAGGACAGGAACAAGUCCCGCCCCAUUGUCGUAACGACCAUCAGACCCGGCGGACCGGCCGACAGGGAGGGAACGGUCAAACCGGGAGACCGUCUGCUGAGCAUCGACGGGAUCCGUCUCCACGGCAGCACGCUGUCCGAGGCCCUCAGCAUCCUGAAGCAGUGCGGGCAGGAAGCCACGCUGCUGAUCGAGUACGACGUGUCAGUCAUGGACUCUGUAGCUACAGCAUCCGGCCCUCUGCUGGUUGAGGUUGCCAAGGCAACCGGCUCCAGUCUGGGAGUGGCCCUUUCCACCUCCAUGUUCUGCAACAAACAGGUCAUCGUCAUCGACAAAGUCAAACCCGCCAGCAUCGCAGACAGAUGUGGUGCUCUCCAUGCAGGAGAUCACAUUUUAUCUGUAGACGGCAAAUCGAUGGAGUUUUGUUCUCUGGCUGAAGCCACGCAGCUGCUCUCUGCUGCCUGUCAGACCGUCCGGCUGGAGAUUCUACCCCAACACCAGGCCCGACCGGCCCUGAACGCACCGCAACAUGUCAAGGUGCAGCAUAGCCCCCGCCCUCUCCCCUGGGAAACUGGAGGCUCCGCCCCUGUCCUCCCUCCCUACCACUACAACACGUACCAUCCCGACCAAUCAGGUGCCAGAUCGCACCACCGCCAUGCAAACAACCCUUCUCUCAGCCACUCAUUCUCUCCUGGAUCCAUGUCUGCCUAUAGCCUCUCGUCCCUCAACAUGAGCACUCUGCCCCGGAACAUGUAUCCCACAAGCCCCCGCAGCACCAUGAUGAAGAGGAAGGCCAAGAAGAAGGACUUCAAGAGUUCCUUGUCCCUGGCCUCCAGCACCGUCGGGCUCGCGGGUCAGGUGGUCCACACUGAGACCACCGAGGUAUCGCUGCUCGGCGACGGCAUCAUGGGCUUUGGCCUGCAGCUGCAGGGCGGAGUCUUUGCCACGGAGACGCUGUCGUCGCCGCCGCUCAUCGCCUACAUCGACCCAGACAGCCCAGCUGAAAGGUGUGGCAUCCUGCAGAUCGGCGACAGGAUCCUGACCAUCAACGGCGUCCCGACCGAAGACUCCACCCUGGAAGAAACCAACCAGCUGCUCCGAGACUCGUCCAUCACGGCGCAGCUCACGCUGGAGAUCGAGUUUGACGUUGCAGAGUCGGUGGUUCCCAGUUCAGGAACGUUCCACGUCAAGCUGCCAAAGAAACCCGGGGUGGAGCUUGGAAUCACCAUCAGCUCGCCGUCCAACAGGAAGCCCGGAGACCCUCUGAUCAUCUCAGACAUCAAGAAGGGCAGCGUGGCUCACAGGACGGGAACGCUGGAGCUCGGAGACAAGCUGCUGGCCAUCGACAACAUCCGGGUGGAGAACUGCUCCAUGGAGGAAGCCGUGCAGAUCCUCCAGCAGUGCGAGGAGCUGGUCAAGCUGAAGAUCCGCAAAGACGAAGACAACUCCGACGAGCAGGAGGUGUCCGGCAGCAUCAUCUACACCGUGGAGCUGCAGAGGUACGGAGGCCCGCUGGGAAUCACCAUCUCAGGCACCGAGGAGCCCUUCGACCCCAUCAUCAUCUCCUCCCUGAGCAAAGGGGGGCUGGCUGAAAGGACGGGCGCCAUCCACGUGGGCGACCGCAUUCUGGCCAUCAACAGCAGCAGCCUGAAGGGGAAGCCGCUGAGCGAGGCCAUCAGCCUGCUGCAGCAGGCGGGGGAGACCGUCACGCUGAAGAUCAAGAAGCAGGGGGAGCUGUCGAGCCCAAACGCCUGCGUCAUUGGCUCAGGCUUGGGGGUGGGGCUUAACCACGAAAACCAGGAUGGGGAGGAGGAGCCUGUCAUCACUGUUGCGCCUCCAACGAGCCAGCGAGCGUUCAGCACCCUGCCGUCUGUGGACAGCGCCGUGGAGUCCUGGGACGGCUCCAACGUGGACAGCAGCUUCAGCGUGCCGCCGUUUCAGUACAGCUUCCACGACUGGCGCCACCUGAAGGCCAACAACAGCCAGCCGUCCUCCACUCGCCAAAGAGCCAAUCCGCUGUCAGAUCUGGGGCUGACCGAUGAGGACUGGGACCGCCCACUGCUGGGGGGCGCCUCUAAUCUGCACACUGGUCUAAUCUCAGACAGCAGGUUCAGUGUGGGACAUGACGGGACAGAACCGGACCAGGAGGAGAACUUCUGGUCUCAGGCCCUGGAGGAUUUGGAAACAUGCGGUCAGAGCGGCAUCCUUAGAGAGCUGGAGGAGUCUGGAGAGGAGACCCGCCUCCUGGCUCUGGCGACCAUCAUGUCCGGCUCCACCCUCAGCCUGAACCAUGACCCCACCCCUCUGCGCAGCACCCUGGGGCGCCAGGCGAGCUUCCAGGAACGCAGCAAUUUGAAACCACAGGUGACUCCCCGGUCCAACACCCUACCCUCCGACCCUCAACGCAGAGCCUUCGCCAUGAGGAAAAUGAGGCAGGAAGUCAACGACAUCCUCAACCAGAACCCUGUGGAACUCCAUAAGCUCGUUUUAGAGAAAGGCUCGGACCUGGAGGACUUUGGUUUUAGCGUCUCCGACGGUCUGCUCGACCGCGGCGUUUAUGUCAACAACAUCCGACCUGGAGGCCCCGCGGAGAAAGGCGGUCUCUGUGCGUACGACCGAAUAUUACAGAUCAACCACGUGCGGACGCGGGACUUUGACUGCUGCCUCGUCGUUCCUCUCAUCGCAGAAUCUCCGAAUCGCCUUGAACUGGUCAUCAGCCGAAACCCCUCCUCCUCCUCCCCCUCCACUCUGACCAAUCACAACAAUGGCGCCAACCGCUGCAGCCCCUCCCCUCAGCCGGCCUGCGACACGGUCGGACCCUCAGAGCUUUGUACUGAUCAUGGAGAAGAUGGUGGUCCGAUCAAGUGGAACCAACCAGGAGAUGGGUUAGGGGCGGGGCUUGGGGUGGGGUCAGUUACCAAUAAUUCCUUAUAGCAGACAGAGCUGCUUAACGCUGUUAGAACCAGAUUGGACUGGACUGGAGAACAUCAACUAGAAGGGUUAGAUCUGUGGACUCUGGGUCAAAGUGGACCUUCAAAGGUGCUACACUCCACCCCCACCCCCCAGAUAAGGUUUUGACGCAGCCUAAAAGCACAACCGUCUGGUCCCGGUUCUGGUCCGGUGGUCCAGUCUAAGGCUGUCGUGCAGCGAGUCAUGACGUUGAUUAAGACGUAAGCCAACAAAGUCCAUGUUUGUAACGGCGUCAGGCCAAGAACCAGAACCACAACCACUGAAGGACCCGGAGUCCAGAACCUAGAAACUGUUCAUUUACACAAAGGUUGCCAAGGAGACGGAGGAUGCUCCAAUCAGGGUCAAAGGUCAGAGAGUGGGCUGAAGAGCUUCACCUGCUGCCGGGAGCUCAGAGGACGAUAGACCAAGAGCAGAAGGCUGGGGAAGGUUCGGAUGAGGAUCAAAAGAGCUGGGUCAUGGGGCCUGGUUCUGAUCCACUGAUCCUGAUGUGUUGAACCAAAAUCCAGCCUCUUGUGUUUUGAAUCGUCUGAGUUUAUCAGAUGAUCCUAUGCAACGUGGCUUUUGUCGUUUCAAAGCUCAGAAGGGCAGAAAGGGUUGAAAGGCAGUAAAUCAUUUAUGUUUUAUUAUUAUGAAAAGUUUAUUUGGGUCCAGAAAAGAGAAGAGCGGCAAAAAUCCUCCCUGAGCGCCAAAGCAGCCAGGAUAGAUUUACAGAGAGCGCAGUGAAAAGGCCGUUUGGAUGAAGUCUGUGGAGCAGCUGGUUCUGAUUGGAGCAUCCCUGUAAACAUGUGGGCAUGAACCCUGAGAGGUCAAAGGUCAGGUUUGUGCCAUAAAUGAGGAGAACCCAUGAAAAAAAAACUGAGCAGAACAAUAAGUCUUUUCUACUGUUUACACCUGUCAGACUGGCCACACUGUGUAUGUGUGUGUGUGUGUGUGUGUGUGUGUGUGUGCGUGUGUGGGUGGGGGGGGAGUGUAUGUUACAUGUGUGCAUUACACACAAGGCCAGUUAAACCCCACCCACUAAGACUCUUCCAUCUUGGCGUUACCUUCUCUCCUUCCUCAACCAAUAGGCUGUCAGGACUCAUUUCAGCUGGUUGGCUGGAACCAAUCAGGAAAAAGGGUGAAUUUCCUGACAAGUCAGUGAUUUGUCAGUUUCUGUGUUAAGGAGAACCAAUCAGCUCCCAAAAAAGAGGACAAGCAUGCCCCCACCCCCACCUUCCCCGCCCAAGUAACAGUGAUCUAUUAAUGUUACUCAAUAGGUGUGUUUUGAUUGACUGUUUGUCAGUUCUGUUUGUUUCCGUGGCAACGCCACAUAAAAAGAUGUAAAAAAAAAAAAAAAGCUGUUCCAGUU